CCAUUUCUCACAUAUCGUUCGUCACACGAUGAGUGUUUCAUGUCGGUUGUUUUGAUUCUUGGUGUGCGCUGUAUUUGCAGGUGUUGUGCAGUAAAUUAUCCCAAACACACAGCAGCUGGUGCGGCGGCAAUGGUCCAAGCAAUAAAGAAGCAACGCGGGUGGGAAAAAUUGCAUUCGGAACCGAUCUCAAAAACUUGCGCCUUGCAAACGACGUGCUCGUGGUCAUAGUUUGUCCAUCGAGUGAUAUUGCCGCGGUACAACGCGAUCCCCAGGUCCAACGGUGUGUCAAGUGGUUGUUGCGGUCGGUAGUGCGUGCAUAGAACAGCGACAGCGAGAGCGUUCCGUUCUGAAAAGACAAACGGGCAACUGCAGGACAGUGUAAAUUAGUCCCCGUCUCGGAUACAGCGAGCGCGUUAAAGUGUGUUUGUGAGUGUGUGUGUUUGGUCUUGAAAGUCGUGCCGCACCAGUAGCCGCAGCACAUCUUACUACAGAGUGAAGGUUCAAUCGAUCCACGGGAAAUUCCGUACCGUCACGUAAUCGCGUGAAAAUUAUCACCCCUACCGACCACCACCACCGGAAGCAGGAAAAGUAGCCACCGAGCAGCAGCAGCAGCAGCAGCACAACAUAACAACAAUGUUCACCGUUUGCAAGAGUGCGGCAGGGACAACGCUGGUCGCCAGCCUGCAAAGGUAUGGCGUCCGUGCAAUGUCGUCGUCGGUGGUGCAUGCCCCCAAGCUGGCCGAAUUCCCCCUCGAGAAUGAACCGAUUCUCGGCUACCGCAAAGGGUCGAAGGAACGCAAAGAGCUGGAAAGUGCGCUGAAGAAAGCCGCCUCCAAGAUGGAAGACGUGCCGAUCGUCAUCGGCUCGGAAGAGAUCCGCUCGAAGGAGGUGCGUCAUCAGGUAAUGCCACACAACCACAAACACAAGCUGGCCCAGUUCUACUACGCGGAUCAAAAGCUGCUGCAGAAGGCGAUCAAGACGGCCACGGAAACGCAGGUGAAGUGGGACCGCACCCCGCUCGAUGAGCGCAUUCGCAUCUGGCAGAAGGCGGCCGAUCUGAUGGCCGGUCCGUACCGCCAGGAGCUGAACGCAGCCACCAUGCUCGGGCAGGCAAAGACCGUGAUCCAGGCGGAGAUCGAUUCCGCCGCCGAGCUGAUCGAUUUCAUCCGCAUGAACACGUACUACCUAAAGGAGGCGGCCAAAUAUCAGCCGAUUAGCGAGGAUGCGAAGGUGACGAAAAAUUCGAUGCGAUUCCGUGGCAUCGAUGGGUUCAUCGCUGCCGUCAGUCCGUUCAAUUUCACUGCCAUCGGCGGCAAUCUGGCGUACACGCCCGCCCUCAUGGGUAACGGUGUGCUGUGGAAGCCGUCCGACACUGCCCUGCUCUCCAACUACGUCAUUUUCAAGAUCAUGCGUGAGGCUGGCGUACCACCGGGUGUGGUAAACUUCGUGCCCACUGAUGGUCCCGUCUUUGGCGAUACGAUCACAGCCUCACCGCAUCUGGCCGGUAUCAACUUUACCGGUUCAGUACCAACGUUCAACCGGUUGUGGCGCCAGGUGGGCGAGAACAUUAACAGCUACAACAAUUUCCCCCGACUGAUUGGCGAGUGCGGCGGCAAGAACUACCACUUUGUGCAUCCGUCCGCGGAUGUGGAGUCGGUGGUGAACGGCACGAUCCGGUCCGCGUUCGAGUUUUGCGGCCAGAAGUGUUCGGCCUGUUCGCGUAUGUACGUGCCCGAGUCGCUGUGGCCGAAGGUGAAGGACGGGCUGCUGAUGAUCCGUAACACGCUCAAGGUGGGCGACGUGACCGACUUUUCCAACUUCACUUCGGCCGUCAUCGACGACAAAGCAUUUGCGCGUAUCAAAUCGUACAUUGAGCACGCCCGCAGCUCCAAAAAUCUGACCAUUCUCGGCGGCGGCAAGUGCGACGACAGCAAGGGUUACUUCAUCGAGCCGACCAUUGUGCAGACAACGGACCCGACCGAUCGCAUCAUGACGGAGGAAAUCUUUGGCCCGGUGCUCACGAUCUACGUGUACAAGGAUAAGGAUCUCGACAGUGCGAUGAAGCUGGUCGGUGGCUCGACCCGGUUCGCCCUGACCGGUGCCGUGUUUGCGCAGGAUCAAGCAUUCCUCAAACGAGCACUCGAAGAGUUCAAGAUGACAGCCGGUAACUUCUACCUGAACGACAAAUCAACCGGUUCGGUGGUCGGCCAGCAGCCGUUCGGCGGUGGCCGUAUGUCCGGCACGAACGAUAAGGCCGGCGGACCACACUAUGUGCUGCGGUGGGCCACUCCGCAAUCGAUCAAGGAAACGUUCGUCCCGCUGAAGGAUAUCGAUUAUCCGUACAUGCGUGAAUAAGCGCACCACGCACUCGGCGUACUAUAAAACAGCUGGCAAUAUUUUUUUGUUUUUGUUUUGUUUAUAGAGUCGAACGAUUAGUCCGCUUCCGCUCAUGUUGGGUGAGAAUUUUGCGUCUAUUCCGUUACCAUCCGGUUUCCCCCAUUGUUUUUUUUUUUCACAUUUCAACACAUAGCGAGCUAUUUAUCAGUUUAUUUUUUCUGUUAUCGUACUCUUACGUUGCGUACGACGGACGAUUUCACAUUACUCGUAGAGCCUAAAUCAGUCGAGUCGACACCUGUCAGCAGCAGGUCAUGUAGUUAUGUUUUUCCUUGUUUUGCUUCCCAACAUUAAGCUGAGCUUAAUUGCGGUAAUUUGCCAGCAAAAGAUUCAUUUUUUAUAUGGUAGCUUCUCACUUGCGGAAGAUUAUUUUGAGAAGGGGAGGUCGAGCAACUGGAAGCCGGACGUAAAAUAAAAUUUUAUGUUGGCGUUACAAUAACAAAACAGAACGCCGGUGUCCGGAAUACAAUUUGACAAUACUUAGCGAAGCAACCUCGCGCCCCGGGACUGCCGCUGUUCCCGACGCAGGAUGCAGCACUAAAUGCAAUCCGCAUUACUAAGCUAUCCUCCGUUCACACGGCACGGCCAUGAUGCUGGUUUGCCGUGGUGGUCCUUCUUUUCUGUUUCCCUUUCUCUCCGACGGCAGAAGAGCGCAAGAGAGAGGCGGGCCAUUUUAUAGUGUACCUACUUGUUGAUUAUGCGCUGAUCUUCUUUUGCGAGAGCACGGGCUCGGACGAUGCGAAACGGCUCUCACUGUGAUUAAUUAGAACGAGCAAAAAAUCCAGUUGCGAAUUAAGUAUUACCGAUGCGGCGGUGUCAAUGGAACACAACAGCCAUUCGACGACACGUGUGCCGAUGUGGUGCCGGGUCGGGAUCUGAUGAGAACAAACGAGAUACUACCACAGGUUACAUAGAGCGAUACAUACUGACCGACCGACGUAUUUGUGUAGACUCCACUUCUAUAUGUAAUCAUCAGCGAACAACAUAAAACCAAAUCUCAACACAAAACCAUCUAUACAUGUUGUGUGGUGCGUGCGUGCGUCAGUAUACCAGUAAACCACGUGCGUGCAACGGCAUAACACACAGCAACAAUGCCCCCGGUUUGUUGCCGCAUUACAGGCCGUACAGACCAGUGUGGUGCAAGCAACUAUCAUAAGCGUAGUGUAAGAAAUGAGACAACAAUAAUACUGGAUAAUAUGGAACGAAAAAGAAACACACACACACAAUGGAUAAGUUAAUAAAUGUUUUAAAAACUGAAAACAAAUGGGUCGGUUUAAAUAAUUAUCACAUAAAUUAGAUGCAUCGUAAAGGUGGUGUAAUGUUGAAUAGCGACAAAUUACAACAAAAUCCAGUAUAGAAAACCAUGCUUCACAGCGAAAUAGCUUACGUUUCUUACACAAAUAACACACGUGCAUGAGUGGAUAAGAAAGAAGGUCAGGUCAAUCAAUCAACACGCUAUUUGUAAUUGGAACAAUUCAAUCGUCUCCCAAAUAAUGACAUAAUACACAUACACACACUCACCGGCCACUCCUAUUACCAUUAUAUCAUUUUUAAUCUUAUAUAAUCUUUAACAAAUAACAAAGUGUAUUAUUGUUUGUUUACUUUACUAUACUACUGUGCUUCACAAGAUAAACAACAAUAAUAUCAAAAUAAUUCUCUACACACACAUUCUUCCGUGACAGUGUCCUGACGACACUGCCGUGACCAGGAUUCGAACCUGGGUUACUACGGCCACAACGUAGGGUCCUAACCACUAGACGAUCACGGCUAUCGAAUGCUUGUGUUGGUGAGGGUUACAACUGCAGUUUUGUUGCUUACAAUACACCAAAAACCUAAUAAAUAUGUUAUAAUGAUGAUACAUAUUUUUUUAAAAACAUCGUUUCAACAAGCCCAAGAUUAAACAUAAUUGAACGUCUUGUAAUGUAAUGUUCGCUUCGCUGCUGAUUUGAGAGUUCAUUUCUUUCCUACAUUGCGCGUAGGUUGGUUAGUAAAAUUAACACCGUGAUAACGGUCAAACAUUAUUUAGGGGAGUCAGGGUUAAAAAAGCUUCGUGCGUCGGCCGGGAAUCGAACCCGGAUCAACUGCUUGGAAGGCAACUAUGCUGACCAUUACACCACCGACGCUCUGACAAUCGUAGGCGAAUUUUGCAAACUCGCCGCGAGUUCCUGGAAAUCCAGCAAAAACGAUGUAUUGUUUCGAAAUUUAUACAGAUGUUGGCCCAAGGACUGUGUAGGAACGAGGUCAAAUAUUAGCCAAAAUCGGAUUGACUAUCUUGAAUGCCAUUUGACAGCAGAACGCCUUUGAGCAUUUAUCAUUCCCUCAAACAUUUACUGUUAGUACAGACAUACAUACUCUUCCUAUAAAAUGUAAGAACCAAUUAAUAUUUUUCUUGCAAUGACCACACCGAUUUAUCAUUUUAAUCACAAAUAAAAUAUGAACCUAAAAGGGCUCUCAGAUGUCAAACUGCCUGUAACGAACUUUUGGCGACUUGUCAAACCGUCCUACAAUACGGGACCUCGUUCCUACACAGUCCUUGGGUUGGCCCCUUCGCGGGCAUCUGUAGCCUUUUAGUUUAGCGAUACACUCUUAUCACAUUCGUUAACAACUAUUUGUGUAUGCUGCCAUAUUCUGGAAAUGUUCACUGUCAAAUGUUGUUUCGGAUAUAUACGUUUAUCUAUCCAGUGAAUUUAAUUAAACAUUCAUCUUUAAAAUUUCAAAUAAUAUGUAUUUUACGUACGUAGUAUAAUAGGCAAACGAUUGGAUAUAACAAACAUAAACGAACCGCUCAUGAAACGCCCUCCGCUGUAAACUGUGUCCUAUACUUUUAAUAUGUAUAUCCACAAACACACUGUAUCGAUCAGAACAUUAAGA